AAGAUAACUUUGUAGCACUUUGAGAUAUCUGUCACUUUAUUUCUCAUCUGUUCUUGAAUUUCUUUGGAUGGUGGCAUUUUAUCACAACAUUUUCAGACUUUUGGCCGACGGCUUCUUAUCUGUGAUUUCUUGAUCGAACAGGUCUGGUGGAGAUUGGGCUUGGGUGUGCUCAGUGACGCAGUGAAAUAAGGUACAUUCUUGCCAUUCACACGACACACUGAAGGUAAACAUUUUUCUGUCCACUCAUUCACAUACGAGGUAAACACGGUUUAUUCACGUAUACUGGCAGCAAGUACACAUGCAUAAACAUCUGCCUGUACAUUCACAUAUAGUUUAAAAAUAUCCGCCCAUUUGUGUCUUUGUAUGAUUGUCGCACCAGAGUUCAAUCGCCUCUCCAUCCACCGCAUGCGCUAAUGUCCUUUUCGUUCGGGGUUUGUGGAUGUUGUUUUCCCCAACAUUAGUCAGUACAUUUUGUUCCAACAGAAGCGGCGACCAAUUAUGCGCCAUUACAGAGAGGGAUGCGGGUGUGCCUCGGUGCUGCGUGGCGGCCAUUAGGAAGCUUGUUUUGGUUAUGGCGGUGGCGGCAUGCUAAGAUAAUUAGCCCAUUAUAAUUCAACCAGCCUCUGCUUCCUCCAUCUUUCUAUUCACAUUCAUUAUGUAAACGUUUAUCUAUUCACAUACAUCAAUUAACAAUGUCUAUUCAUACCCACACAUAAUGUUACUAUUCUUACUGUCGUUUUGCCUACACAGCUACGUCUAUCAAUUCACAUACCCAACCAGUCAUAUAUAGAACUCGUGCACGUGACGUCACAAUUUUCACGGCGCCAUAUUGCCGGUCAAACAGAGCUGCUCGACAUUGUGGGAGGCAUUGAACCGAGGAGAAUAUUUACAAUGCCCGAGACCUGUUGUGCUGUUGGUUGUAACAACAGACGAGACAGAUAUUCAAAGAGAUCAAUGUAUAGAAUACCAGCUGAAAAGACCAGAAAAUAUCGAUGGAUUUCGGCAAUUAAACGUGAUGGAUGGUGACAAACCAAAACACACACAUGCCUGUGUCGCGAUCACUUCAUAUCAGGUAGGACUUAUUCUUCGCAAUCUCAAUUUACCAAGAAGUAUUUAUCAUGCCAAGUUGGAUCAUUUGAGAACAAAUGCGUUAAAAAAAAAAAAACUGUCACAGAGGUUUACGGCUGUUAAGUGUGGCCGGCAUCGCUUCAAUGUACGUUCCGUGGAGAUGACGCCAUCCUUUUUUUUUCCCCAAUCACAGUUAAUGAAUGCGAGUUUGUGUAAAACCAGGGGUCGUUUAUUUGAAUAUUAGUAUUUGUAUUGAAUAGUAGCUGAAAAGAUCGAUGGAUUCCGGCAAAGGUUAACGUGUUGCCAAACUCACUUCCGUGUUCACGAGCCCUCAAUCCGUCACUAUGUGGGAUUUAUUUCUGAUUGAGAACAGAUCCAGCAACAAAGUAUUUGUAUGCAUCCAGACUUUUCUAACUUUUCCGUGUAAAUCUCGACAACUUACUCACCAGAUCCACGUGUACAUCCAGUUGUCCAAGACAAGCGGAAGCGAAUUAACAGUCCAACUUCUUAUCGGCGAAAACAUCGACUUUGGCAUUAAUACGUAUCCCCUAUGCAGAGUUUAUCUAAGUUUUCCACGUACAUUAGUUUAUUUUCACCUUCUAAAUGUGCAACGGUAUCAGACAAGACUCUGGGCGUCAUGCUAUAAGACAUAUUUUCGUUUCGUCUCAACAGACUGAGCAUUGAACAAUGCUUUGUUAGACCGGCAAUAUGACGAGGUAAACAAAAGUCACGUGAUUUUAUGACGUAGGUGCACGAGCUUUAUUGCGCCAUUCGAAUCUACAAAGAAAGCGUCUGCCCAUUUACAUACCAUAUGCAGCACUUAUUACAUUUCUAAGAAUGAAUAUACCACACACUACUAAUAAUUAUUAAUUAAGAAAGACUGACAUAGAAUGCGUUACCUGUUUUACUUAGCGGUUUAAACUGAAUUACUCCUCAUUGCUAAACCAAUCCAAGACCUACAUGAAGCAUAGAAAAAAAAAGCCUAUGUGUUUGGGGGAGGAACAAUUUCAUUUUUGAGCCUAAAAGAAAUCGUUUAUUCCCCGCUUCCCCCACCCCAGUUUUUGUUUAUUCUUGAGGGGAGGCUUUGGUGGAGAGGAAAAAAGCGGCAGCCCAAGCCAGAGCCACACAAAAUAUUUGUGUGGCGCCUCAUGGAGCUCAUUCCGGUUACUCGGGCAGGGAUCCCCCCAUCCAACUGGAGACUCCACUCCACCGCUGUCUCCUUGCUUUUCAACAUCACCCACAACUACACAGAUGAAGGAGACGGUGAACCAUUUUCAGAAUUAGGGAGCGCCCUCCCGGGCCUGGCGGGGGUCUUCAUCCCGCUCAUCUACGCCGUGGUGUGCGUCGUGGGCCUGGUGGGCAACACCCUUGUGAUCCACGUUGUGGUCAACCACAGUCACGGAGCAUCAGCAACCAACAUCUACAUCCUCAACCUGGCCGUAGCCGACGAGCUCUUCAUGCUCGGCCUCCCGUUCCUGGCCGCCCAGAACGCUCUUCUCUACUGGCCCUUCGGCUCGCUCCUCUGCCGGGUGGUGAUGACUGUGGACGCCAUCAACCAGUUCACAAGCAUCUUCUGCCUGGCUGUCAUGUCGGUAGACCGCUACCUAGCUGUGGCGCAGCCGGUACAGGCGAGACGGUGGCGGCGCCCCCCGGUGGCCAAGGCAGUGAGUGCGACGGUGUGGGCAGGAUCCUUCGUGGUGGUGCUUCCGGUGGUGAUGUUCGCCGACGUGAGGCGAGGGGACGGCGACUGUGGCAUCGUGUGGCCCGAGCCGGUCGAGCUGUGUAAGACAGCGUUCAUCGUGUACACCUUUGCGGUGGGAUUCUGCUGCCCCCUAGUGGUCAUCUGCAUGAGCUACCUGCUCAUUGUCAUUAAGAUCCGCAGCGUCAGCAAACGCGCUCAGGCGACAUCCUUGCGCCGUCGUCGAUCCGAGCGCAAGGUGACCCGCAUGGUCGUGGUGGUGGUGGCAGUGUUUGUGCUUUGCUGGUUCCCCUUCUAUGCGCUCAACAUCAUCAACCUUCUGGUAGUUCUGCCCGGGGACCUGCGUGGCCUCUACUUCUUCGUGCUUGCACUAUCCUACGCCAACAGCUGCGCCAACCCAAUUUUAUAUGCCUUCCUGUCCGACAACUUCAAACGGGGAUUCCGCAAGGCUCUGUGCCGGGCCUCCCGGCAGGUACGCACCCACGAGAGGGCAGACGCUGACCGGCGGCCACCAACCGAGUGGGGCGGCAUGGCCAUGCACAGGCCAAGGAGCAGGGAAGAGGAGGGGGUCCAGUGGCACGAAGAGAGCCCACAAAAAAUGUCUCUAAACGCGACACAAGGGCCAGAAGGUUCUGGGACAGUGAGGACUCAGGAGGUGAAGAACACACGACAAGAGGAGGGAGAGCCAAAGUCAAACAAUGAGAAGUCAGUACUAGAAAUAAGCUGCUUGUGAGCCCCAUGUUAUUCGCAAGUUUUGGUUGUGUUCUUAG